AGUGUCUGGGUUGAUGAAGUUUGUUGGUAAACACGCGAAAGAAAGGAGAGAGGACAAAGUAGUCAUGAGAGUCGUCGCGGAGUCUUGACCCUCCCUCUUGACGUCACGAGUCAAGUGUUAUGGGUUUCGAUGUGACGAGGUUCCAGGGGGAUGUGGAUGAGGAGCUUCUUUGUCCCAUCUGCUCCGAGGUCUUGGAAGAUCCACUCCAGGCUCCCUCCUGCGAGCAUGCCUUCUGCAGUGGGUGCAUUAACGAGUGGUUGUCAAGACAGCAGACAUGUCCUGUUGACCGCCAGACUAUCACAUCCUCACAGUUGAAGCCUGUGCCAAGAAUACUACGAAGCUUGCUGUCAAAACUGUACAUAUCCUGCGACAACAAGCCUCAUGGAUGUGCUUCCGUGGUGAAGCUGGAUGCUCUAACGUCUCACCUGGAGGAAUGCGAGUUCAACCCCAAGAGACCCGUGCCAUGUGAGCAAGGAUGCGGCCUAGUCGUACCAAAGGAUGAGUUAAAGGACCACAACUGCCUUAGAGAAUUGCGCACCUUAAUACAAAACCAGUCUGGGAAAAUUGCCGAGUUGCAGCAGGAACUUGCGGAAAAUAAAUACCAGCUCAAUGAACAGAAGAGGGAAAUACAGCUCUUAAAGGAUUUCAUGCGAGCCAUGCGGAUCAGCAACCCACAGAUGAGAGCUAUUGCAGACCAGAUGGAGCAGGAUGAAGUGGCCAGGUGGGCUAGCUCUCUCGCACGUGCUCGAGUUACGCGCUGGGGGGGCAUGAUCUCCACACCUGAUGCCAUGCUACAGGCUGUGAUUCGUCGAGCCCUGAGUGAAUCUGGGUGCCCGCCACACAUAAUUGAUCAGCUGAUGGAGAAUGCGCAUGAGAGGCGAUGGCCGCCAGGGUUGUCAACGUUGGAGACCAGACAGGUAAUGAACCGCCGCCACUACGAGAGCUAUGUGUGCAAGCGAGUCCCGGGCAAACAGGCAGUGGUAGUCAUGGCUUGCGAUAAUCGCCACAUGAACGAUGA